AUGGCGGCUCACAUGUCCCGCUGUAGAACCUGGAAUCGUGUUCAAAGGUUCGGCGUAGCGGCGUACAGGAAGUACAGCAGCGGUGGCGGCUACCCCAACAUUUCGCUGUCUUCGCCGCUGCCAGCGAUCCCCAAACCCGUCUUUGCGUCCGUGGAUGGGCAAGAAAAGUAUGAAACCAGGAUCACCACCUUAGAAAAUGGCCUCAAGGUGGCCUCGCAAAACAAGUUUGGGCAAUUCUGCACCGUUGGAAUAUUGGUCAACUCCGGGUCUAGACAUGAAGCAAAAUACCCCAGCGGAAUUGCACACUUCCUGGAAAAACUUGCUUUUUCUUCCACAGCUCAGUACGGGAGUAAAGAUGAGAUUCUGCUCACGCUAGAGAAGCACGGAGGGAUUUGCGAUUGCCAAACGUCCAGGGACACCACCAUGUACGCGGUGUCAGCCGAGGUCAAGGGCCUGGACACAGUGGUCGGCCUCUUGGCCGAUGCCGUCCUGCAGCCUCGCCUAUUGGAUGAGGAGAUGGAAAUGACCAGGAUGGCAGUUCGUUUCGAGCUGGAAGACCUGAACAUGCGGCCGGACCCCGAGCCUCUGCUCACCGAGAUGAUUCACGCCGCGGCGUAUCGAGGCAACACUGUGGGCCUCCCGCGCUUCUGCCCACCGCACAAUGUGGACAAGAUAGACAAGGAGGUGCUGCGUGGCUACCUGUCAGCCUACUACCGUCCCGAACGCAUGGUGCUGGCCGGCGUGGGCGUGGAGCACGAACGGCUGGUGGACUGCGCCAGGCGUUACCUGCUAGGCACGCGGCCCGUCUGGGGUGAUGCUGCCCCACCCCCAGUUGACCGAUCGGUGGCGCAAUACACCGGUGGUAUCGUCAAGAUGGAGAAGGACAUGUCUGACGUGAGCCUCGGGCCCACGCCCAUACCUGAACUGACGCACAUCAUGAUAGGGCUGGAGACCUGUUCUUUCCUGGAGGACGACUUCAUCCCUCUGGCGGUGCUCAACAUGAUGAUGGGCGGCGGCGGCUCCUUCUCGGCGGGAGGUCCCGGCAAAGGAAUGUUUACGCGCCUCUACCUCAACGUCCUCAACAGGCAUCACUGGAUGUACAAUGCCACAUCGUACCACCACAGCUACGAGGACAGCGGCCUGCUGUGCAUCCACGCCAGCGCCGACCCCCGACAGGUUCGCGAGAUGGUGGAGAUCAUCACGCGGGAGUUCAUUCAGAUGACUGGAUCAGCGGGAGAGAUGGAGUUGGAGCGCGCCAAGACGCAGCUCAAGUCCAUGCUGAUGAUGAACCUAGAGGCCCGGCCCGUCAUCUUUGAGGAUGUCGGCCGCCAGGUGCUCUCCACGGGAAAGAGGAAGCUGCCGCAUGAACUCUGCGCGCUCAUAAGCUCAGUGAAGGCGAGCGAUAUCAAGCGAGUGACUGCCAAGAUGCUGCGCGGCAAGCCGGCCGUGGCCGCCCUGGGCGACUUGACAGAGCUGCCUUCCUACGAGCACAUCCAGGCAGCGCUGUCCAGCAAAGAUGGACGCCUGCCACGCACCUAUCGCCUAUUCCGAUAA